AAUCCUAGGUACCUAAGACGUUUAUUACCUAUUGUGUUGCUCUGGAACAGUUUACUCAAGACAUACAACUUAGGUUACGUUCACUAUGUCGUUUAUAUUAUUAAUUCUUUACGUUUUAACAAUAGGGUACACUGUAGUUAAUUGUUUUAACAGUAAGGCUCAUGAUUUUCAGGAAGAAAACUCCAUAGAUUCAGCAUUCAGUAGAGACAACCCAUUAUCAAACAAACCAGCUGAAGAUGGGAAUGACUCAAAGGAUUCGAUUGCUCCUCGUACUCUUUUCGGAUUAGUAAAUAUCUUAGGACUGCAAGGACAUAUGGGUCUUGAUUUUGUCCCUGAAAGCUACGGAGAUAUGCCGCCAAGUAACCUAGGACAUAAAGGAUAUCGCACAUACCCGCUUGGUGGCCAUUAUUUAUCACAGCCAGCACUACCACCGUAUUACGUCGGUUGUAAUUCCUGCUGAUAAGCAAAAAUAAAUUCAGCUAUUCAUGUGCCA